AUGGCACGUAGAAGAAGGAACAGGAUUGAGUCUCUACAAGAUGAUAACGGGGUUUGGAUUACGGAAAGCUCAGCUCUAGAAGACAUGGCUACCUCCUUUUUUAAAAACCUAUACAUUGAUGAUAUGGCUGACAUUCCCUUUGUUCUGAGCACAGCCUUUCCUAUGUUGAGCAAUGAAGAGCUAGAGAGCUUUGGUAGGAACAUCUCUGCUGAUGAAAUUAAAGAUUCUCUCUUUAGUAUUGGGGCCCUCAAAGCUCCGGGAAAAGAUGGGAUGCAGGCAAUUUUCUACCAGAAUAAGUGGGAUCUCAUUGGUACAGAUUUGUGUCAGCUUGUUCAGAAAAUCUUUCAGAAUCCACAAGAGGUAAAAGAUAUUAAUGAAACACUUAUUACCCUCAUACCUAAAGUGGAACCCGUAAUGAACCUGAAGCAGAUGCGUCCCAUCAGCUUGUGCAAUGUCUCUUACAAAGUUAUUACCAAGAUCCUAGCCAGAAGACUCAAAGGUAUCAUGGGUAAAUUGACACAACCUACUCAAUGCAGUUUCGUCCCUGGGAGACAAAGCUCCGAUAACAUUGUUAUCGUUCAGGAGGUUAUCCAUUCCAUGAAAAGCAAGAAAGGUAAAAAGGGAUGGAUGGCGAUCAAAAUUGACUUGGAGAAAGCUUACGAUAGACUAAAAUGGAGCUUCAUUGUGGAUACUCUCAAGGAUAUUGGUAUGCCUGAUCAUUUUAUUAACUUGGUUUAUGCGUGCAUCUCCACUGCUCGUAUGAGAGUGCUAUGGAACGGAGAAGCCCUUGAUGAAUUUUCGCCUUCUAGAGGUAUUCGCCAAGGAGAUCCGUUAUCUCCGUACAUCUUUGUGUUGUGCAUUGAGAGGCUUUCCCAACUCAUUAGUGUGGCUGUUGAUACGGAAGUGUGGAAUCCGAUUAGUCUUAGCAGAGAUGGGCCCAAAUUAUCCCAUUUGUGCUUUGCCGACGACAUGAUUCUAUUUGCAGAAGCAAGCAUGGAACAAGCAGACGUUAUUAAGAAAGUUCUGGAAGCCUUUUGCAACAGUUCAGGUCAAAGAGUCAAUAAUGAGAAGACUCGUGUUUUUUUCUCCAACAAUAUCAACCAUAAUAUAAGGGAAGGUGUUAGUGAGGUGCUACAGUUUAGUAGAACAAAUGACUUGGGUAAAUAUCUUGGGGUUCCUUUGCUGCACUCAAGGGUGACCGAUAGCACAUACAAAUCGAUCAUUAACAAUCUGGAGGCUAGGCUAAAUGGUUGGAAAGCCAGAACUCUUUCCCUCGCCGGCAGAGCUACUCUGGUGAAAUCUAUUCUAACUUCUUUACCUAGUUAUACUAUGCAAACUGCUUUGCUUCCUUCAUCUACUUGUAACUUAAUUGAUUCAAAUUGUAGGAAAUUUCUUCGGGGUAAAACAGGUCAAGUGAAAAAGACUCAUCUCUUGAGUUGGAGGAAGGUCAAUAAACCAAAAAACUCUGGAGGUUUAGGUAUCCGGCAUGCUAAGGACCUCAACCAUGCUUUUAUGAUGAAGAUGGGAUGGGGUCUAGCAACAAAGAAAGACUGUUUAUGGGCUAGAGUUCUGCGGUCUAAGUACAAAUGUGGGAAUGAUAUCAUUCCCGUUGUUGGGAGAAAAAAGAAUGACUCCAAUAUUUGGAAAGGAAUCUGGGACUGGGAUGCAAAUAAGCUAAGGACCUGGCUGCCGGAGGAGUUAGUGGAAAAAAUCAUCGCGAUGACACCUCCCUCACCAUGGAAAGAUGAUGACCAAUUGGCUUGGAACCUCUCAAGUGAUGGAACCUUCAAACUCAGAUCAGCCUAUAACUCCUUGGACCGAAAUCCUUCAAUGCCGGUCCAGGUCUUUAAGUAUGUUUGGAAAUGGAAUGGUCCUGAAAGAAUCCGAUACCUUCUCUGGUUAGUAGCUAAUGAGGCUAUUCUUACUAAUGCUACAAGAGCUAGAAGACACAUGACUAAUAUUGCUAACUGUCCGAGAUGUAAUGCUGAGGAGGAAACUACCAUUCACAUCCUUCGGGACUGCCAAUUUGCCAAAAAAGUAUGGUCUUCCCUAGUUCCUCAAGAUCAUUUGAGUGAGUUUUUCAACACAGAUUUACCGGAGUGGAUUUUGAUUAAUCUGAGUCAAAGAGGUAACUGGCCAUGCACUUUUGGAAUGGGAAUAUCAGCCCUAUGGUAUGAUAGAAAUAAGCUGGUUUUCGAAGGAAAAAUCUCUGCUCCAGGUAUGGUUGCUAUUUCUAUUCACAAACGGACAACUGAAGUAUUAAAUUGCUUGAGAAAGAAUCUUAUCAAGGAGCAGGCCAACAGGUCAGAUCACCUCAUUCGGUGGAUACCACCGCCGGAGAGUAUUAUAAAAAUCAAUGUUGAUGGCUUGUUUUACUCGCACAAUAAUAACGCCGCUUGUGGCGGGGUUUUUAGAGACCAGUGGGGUAGAUUCUUAAAAGGCUUUUCUUGCAACCUUGGCAGCUGUUCCAUAAUGCAUGCAGAAUUAUGGGCUGUCAUCAAAGGCCUCCAAAUAGCAAUGGCAAAUGAUAUUCAUCAUGUCAUCAUCGAAUCAGACUCUAAGAUGGCUCUUAAUUUUGUCAGAAACGGAUGUCUUGAUUCUCAUCCUUGCGCGACCUUGAUCAAAGAUAUCAAUAUCCUUGCAGGACGCAUCCCCUCUAUUAAGUGGAAUCACAUUUUUAGAGAAGCAAACACUGUUGCUGAUUGCCUAGCCAAGAAGGGCCACGAGCUUCGCAACGGAUUGCACAUUUUUGAUGCACCACUACCUGAUUCUCUUCAUUUUCUGUUUUCUGAUUUUCAUGGUUGCCUUCGAUUAAGAGGGCCAACUCUAGGCCGUCACCUGCGAAAUGGAGUUCCUCAUCAACUCACUCCCGGCAUCCGCGAAAUAGACCUGAUAGCAGCAGGGCCCAUGUCUGGUGCAGCGCAGACGAAAUGGUGGAGAAGCCAUUUAGUGGCUGACAUCCGCGAAUUGGAAAAAUUUGGGGCGACGGUCACAAAUUGGUUCCAAGUCAGUGUCAGUACUUGCGAGAUGGCGCACUUCAUAAGGUGUUACAUUCGUUUGCAACGAUCCACUGUGGAUAAUGAUUCCGCCACAGACAUCGUUGCAAGAUCUGAAGAAUCUGAUUCUGAUGCAUACUGGAAUGGUUGGGAAAAAAGAAAUUACGAAUCUGACUUACAGGAUGUCGGUUGCAGUGGCCAACUUGUUUGCGAUAUUGGUGGAAGCUUGUCCAGUUCCAAUAAUGUUGAGGGUGUGAGAAAUCUGGAAGCGGCUAAUUUUGUUCCGGGUCGGGAUACCAGUAGAGCCCAUAGUCCAAGCUUCAACACGUUUGUUACGCGGGGACAGAAUGCAAAUAUUCGUGAAGCACGCCCCUCCCCUUCUACCCUUGUUGGGUUCGAUAGGUAUCCUGAUGCUGGCAUUGCAGAAACGUUUGACGAGGAUGAGAUUGAAGAUUUCAGCGGUGAUUAG